GCCUUUUUUAGACAACAUUACAAUCAAUACUAGCAAGAGACGACUCUUAUUGUUUGCAUUUUUUGACCCAGAGUGUGAGUUGUUAUAUUUAAUAAGUCAUUAUCCCGUGGGGAUGGUGUAUAAAAUAGUGAGAGCUACAGGUUACCCAUAAUGCCUUUCACUCUGUGAUCUUUAGUACUAAAAAAAAACAUAAAAUCAACCCGUUAAGUUAGACUUUAUUUUGACAGCCACUUUGUAAUGUGAAUUCCACAAUUCAGAAUCACACCUAUUCUAUUAAAGAACACUGCGCAGUGUGUGAAUUAUUGCUCGCACCCCUGAAGACUUUUGAAUGGCUCUGUAUGAAAAACACAAAAUUGCUCAUGCUCUUCAGGAGUAAUGUUACUGGGUGAUAAUUGUGGCCUUGGGUGGAACUAAGAGAAACUGGGUAAACAGCUGGCCUUUAUUUCUGCUUCAGAACUAGCCUCCCUUGUCCUAAAUCUCAUUUACUUUAUCUGUUCUAUUCAACCUGGUGUGAGGCAAAAGAGUAGCCGGUUUUCCCUCUCACACAUACACUCGCUUUUAUAGGUCUUUCAUUUGGUUGUGUCUGUCGGCCUGGCUUUGUUGUUUCAUUAAGAAUGUUGACCUGCUUUGGUGGCACGUGCCUCGAUUCGACUUCCCGUCCCCUUCCGUCUCUGUCCAAUGAGCUCUGUCAGGGCUAAAGUCCAAAUAAAGGACUCUUCAGAUGGGGGUCAAAACAAUGGAUGUGAGCCAUGCCCUUAGAUUAGUGUCUAUAAAUAGUCCCAAUCAAGAGACCAGGCUGUGGAUGGAGUCCAUAAACGUUAUAUAGUACAGUCAGUCGGUCAAAAAAAGAAACUCUAAGAGGUCAUAAAGGAUUGCCCUGUCUAGGUUUAUUUUGCAAAUGUACAUUAUGCCACUUCUAAUCAUCAAAUAAAUAAUUGUAAUCCAUCUAUUCUCUAUUUAGGGUUUUGGGGCCGAUGGCAAGUAAACAUUUUGAGUAUAUAGACAGUAUAAAGUACUUGAAUUGUUUAGAUAUAUUAUGGACGUGAUUAAUAAUGUUUACUUGUUAAUAAUGAACAAAGAAGGUUACAAUGAUUUUUCCUAUGCUAGUCAAUGAUGUCCCAGAAAUUUCAGUUGCAAACAAUUUUCCAAAUAUCUUUGUGUUCAACAGAACCAAGAAAUGUAUACAGGUUUGGAACAACAUGAGGGUGAGUAAAUGAUUAUUAUCAGUUUUAGGUUAACUAUCCCUUUCAGAAAAAGUAAAAGGAUGAAAAAGAAGAUAUGAGAGCCGUUGAGAGAUAGAGAGUCAACUCAAAGCUCUAGACUCCUGGACACGUUGUCCAGACUCUUUCAAUGGCUCUGAUAUGACCUAAAUAAUAUGUGAUAUUUCAACUUUUUCUUUAAAUCAAUGUGAUGUCAGAUUAUACUUGGUCGGUUAAGGAAAUUCCACAUGACAUGGUUUUAAAUCACUGCUUCACAACUGGUGAGUUGGGACCCAAAAAAGGGUCACAGGAGUGUUAAAAUAUUCUGCUACUGUUCAACUUAGGGUCCUAAAGAGAAACCAGUUGAUAACCGCUUCUCUAAAUGACACAUCAGCACGUAAGUUAUUAUAUAAUAAGAUGCAUGAAUAGAUUCACUGCAUUGCUAAUUUUAGUGCCCCGGUAAGCAGUCCAUGAGCCUGCUGCUGACCCGUUGAUGAGACUGAAUGACAUAGUUAGGAAUUCUACUGUUAUUAUUCAGAAUGAUGUGGCUCAUUUACAUAUGUGACAUUUUUGUGUUGUGUAAACAGAUUCCAGUGGAGAAAGCUGAAAACAGUCUUGACUCAUUGGAGCGGUUUGAAGCUCUCUUCAGGAUCUAUGAUGAUCAGAUGUCCUUUCAGAUGUUCAAGAGUUUCAGAAGAGUUCGGAUCAGCUUCAGCACCCCAGAGGCGGCUGCACGUGCACGUAUCGAGCUCCAUGAAUCCGAUUUCAACGGCUCUAAGCUAAAACUCUACUUUGCACAGGUGCAGAAUUCAGGCGAGGAUGUGGACAAGACGUACCUGGCCCCACCUCAACCUGUCAAGCAGUUCCUCAUCUCUCCACCUGGGUCCCCGCCCGUGGGCUGGAGUCAGAGUGAAGACGCCUCACCUAUGAUCAACUACGACCUGCUAUGUGCUGUGGCCAAACUAGGUCCAGGUGAGAAGUAUGAACUGCACGCAGGUACAGAGUCUACUCCCAGCGUGGUGGUCCACGUGUGCGACAGCGAAACCGAGGAAGAGGAGGAAGGUCAGCCCAAAAUGAAGAUUGUGCAGACCAGACGUCCCGAAGCCCCCCCGAAAGUCUACAACUAAAUCAUUCGCCGCACUGCACACGUUCUUUCUCUCUACCUUUCUCUCAUCCAGAGAAAGACACGCUUUAUUUCAACGACAAAAGGCUAACAAACGGAUGCAUUUGAAGGGGUGCUUAACGCAUCAGAGGCUUAUGGUGUUCUGAACUGAACUAGUGGAAUUAACACAGUCUCACCGAUGCCUCACCGGGACAGCCAGUGGGGCGAUGAGUUUGCAACCUCACCCCCACAUUUAAACCACUUUCAUUCCCUCAUUCCGAGUCUUUAUACUGUAGCAUUACGGAGCAGUAAUUGUAUUUAACAGUCGUAGAAAUAGGUUACAUGUAAACUUUGUUACGGUUUGUCACUUUGAUCAUCAACCAAAAAAGGGAACUAUUUAUUUCCUCGGUUUCUCUCUGCUGGCUGCGUCCAAGUUUAUCUCCAUAUCGGUCUGCAGAGGUGCCGGACCUCGCCGGUGUGAGUGUGCGUGUUUGCGUGUGUUUGAACCACACCAGAGCGGCAUGAGAUUUUCAAUGAAAGCAUUGAGAACGAAGGGUUCAUUUGAAACAUUUAAAUAAUAAUAUUGUCACGUUUGUUACGAUAAACAAUGAUUGAGAGCGAGGGUGUUAAACAUGUUUGUUAACUAGGAUGAAAGUGCAUUAUUCUUACUGUGUAUUUGAUACCACACCCAUUUUUGCAUGCUAACUGGUGUAUUUUAUACUAUGUUCAAGAUUAAAGCAAGUGCUGUUGAGCAUAUCUGACCCCUGUCUGUCAGUGAGAUGAACUGGCCUGGGAAAGUGAAGAGGUUUGACAAACUGACUGUAUUGUACUUGUGGAACUCAAUGUUCACGUAUGGACCUGAUUAAAAAGUAGUGAAAAAUGAAUCGAUGGUGCAGAACAAAAGCAAAUUGAGUUGCUCGUCUUUCUUUCCUCCAGUUUCUAUUUGGCGCUCUCCUUUAGCUUUUUAUGAUCAAAUUAUGAUGGGGGCUUUCUGUACUGCUUGCAUUGUUAAGCACUUGAAGUUUUGGGGAUAUUUGCAUAGAUUUACUAAAUCUAGAGUUUCAAGAUUACGUGCUUAAUAUGGGCAGUAUCAGAGAAUUAUUCCCAGCUCAAUUAUUUUAUUCUAGUUUUUUUAUGUUCAAAGAGAAAUUGUCUUUUAAUUUAUAUGGCAUCAAAAACUCUUGACUAACUCUUUGUUAUGUGCAGCUACCGGGCCCAGUACUGCUGUGUGAAUGUUUCUUUACUGUUCUAUGUUGUUAGGUUUGUACUUGGCACUGACAAAAAUUGAGAUAUUUUGUGUCUUGCAAAUUAUAUUUGGUGUAUUUUGGCCAUAAACAUCUACUGUGUUAAUUCAUACCAAAAUUCUUAAUACUGAACACCUCCGCAAUAAUGUGUUGAACCAAUAUUAGAGCGUAAUGGCACUUCAGUUAGCCUCACAAAAUCACAUUUCAGUGUAAAAAGGGAUGAGACCAGUUGAUUGUGGUUAUAUUCAAUCUUAUUUCCAAAUGUGAUACCAAAAUGUUGCAGACGCUUAUGUAAAUCACAAUAGAUAUUAUGCAAACAAAUGACUGUGAUGUGACUUUAUAAUUUGCCUUAUUUUCACUGCUCACGUGAAAGUGUUUUGUUUAAAAGCAAAUCCUUUAAAGACUCCUUUAACAAAUAAAACAUCAAAUGAAAGAUUUGAUUUGUUUUGUAAUUCUGAAUUUUGAUUCAUGCAUGCUGUGACUGGAAUAGAUGUCAUUUACAGUUUUAUUUCAUGUUGAAUGCAGAGCUGUUUUCCUUUCCAUCAUGUUGUGUUUCAGGUGUUCGAUUAGCGCAGCGGGGAGAAAAAAGUUACUGAUAUUCAGCUUGAACAAAUGUUUUCUUUUUCUAUUUUUAUUUGUGUGCGUUUUUAAGCUCACAUUGAAGACAAAAGAUACAGAAGAGAAGUGAAAUACAGGAACAGAUGAAGCAGGGUUGAAGUGAAUGGCAGUGUAAUGUAUUGACAUUUUUUUUACUGGUGUGUUGUUGCAGUUGCUUCGUAACGCAGUGAAAAUGAUCUUGUUCUUUUUUCUAUGUGUACAGAUGGUCGGUUUUGUCAAUGUUGAUGUUCUGUUUGGAUGUAGAUAUCUUCUUGUAUCGUUCCUGUAGUUCACGACCAGUGACUACAAAGCAAUAAUUUAGAAUUAUAUAUGUCUCUGUCCAGUAUGGUAUGUAUUUAUUUGCAGAGUUGAUUCUAAGCUUGCUUAUGUUUGUGUAAAUAUGAUUGUUAUUUGUUUCUCAUUAACAUAUAAAUAAAGGUAUAGAAACGA